GAAGUGCCAUCCUUCGGAUGAGACGUUACACCAAGCUGUUCUGUGCUCGAUCAGGUGGAUGUUACGGAUCCUGUGUGAUGAGGCUACCGGGAAAUAGAAGGGAGGUUUUUCUCCAGGGUCACGGCCAGUAAUUCCCCAGAUAAAAGAGAUCAUUCACCUCAUAACCGUCUUCAGGGCUUUUGCUGGCGAAACUGUGAUGAAACAAGUAGUUAGAGGUAUCUGCCACCAUGACCGACUCAAAGUAUUUCACGACUAAUAAGAAAGGAGAGAUAUUCGAACUGAAGGCUGAGCUGAACAAUGAGAAGAAAGAGAAGAGGAAGGAGGCAGUGAAGAAGGUCAUCGCCGCCAUGACGGUCGGCAAGGACGUGAGUUCUCUCUUCCCGGAUGUGGUGAACUGUAUGCAGACAGACAACCUGGAGCUGAAGAAGCUUGUGUAUCUCUACCUCAUGAACUAUGCCAAGAACCAACCCGACAUGGCCAUCAUGGCUGUCAACAGCUUUGUCAAGGAUUGUGAGGACCCGAACCCUCUGAUCCGAGCCCUGGCGGUCCGCACCAUGGGAUGCAUCCGUGUGGACAAGAUCACGGAGUACCUGUGCGAGCCGCUCCGCAAGUGUCUUAAGGACGAGGACCCAUACGUACGUAAAACUGCCGCUGUGUGCGUCGCCAAGCUACACGACAUCAACGCCCAGAUGGUGGAGGACCAGGGUUUCCUCGACUCCCUGCGGGACCUGAUCGCUGACUCCAACCCCAUGGUGGUGGCAAAUGCUGUAGCUGCCUUGUCUGAGAUCAGCGAGUCUCACCCCAACAGCAACCUGCUGGACCUGAAUCCGCAGAACAUCAACAAGCUGAUCACGGCUCUGAACGAGUGCACUGAGUGGGGGCAGAUCUUCAUCCUGGACUGCCUGUCCAACUACAAUCCUAAGGAUGAGCGCGAGGCGCAGAGUAUCUGCGAGAGGGUGACUCCACGCCUGUCCCACGCCAACUCUGCCGUGGUCCUCUCUGCCGUGAAAGUGCUAAUGAAGUUCAUCGAGCUCCUCCCCAAGGAGUCCGAGUACUACAAUACCAUCCUGAAGAAGCUGGCCCCACUGGUCACCCUGCUCUCUGGCGAGCCCGAGGUGCAGUACGUGGCUCUGAGGAACAUCAAUCUCAUUGUACAGAAGAGGCCUGAAAUCCUGAAACAGGAGAUCAAGGUGUUCUUUGUCAAGUACAACGACCCGAUCUACGUGAAACUGGAAAAGCUGGACAUCAUGAUCCGCUUGGCCUCUCAGGCCAACAUUGCUCAGGUCCUGGCCGAGCUGAAGGAGUACGCCACCGAGGUUGACGUCGAUUUUGUGAGGAAAGCCGUGCGUGCCAUCGGCCGAUGUGCCAUCAAAGUUGAGCAAUCUGCUGAGCGCUGUGUCAGCACCCUGCUCGAUCUCAUCCAGACUAAAGUGAACUAUGUGGUCCAGGAAGCUAUCGUGGUGAUCAGGGACAUCUUCCGCAAGUAUCCCAACAAGUAUGAGAGUAUCAUAGCCACCUUAUGCGAGAACCUGGACUCUCUCGACGAGCCGGACGCCCGAGCAGCCAUGAUCUGGAUUGUGGGCGAAUACGCGGAGAGAAUCGACAACGCUGAUGAACUGUUGGAGAGCUUCCUGGACGGCUUCCAUGAUGAGAGCACCCAGGUACAGCUGACUCUACUCACCGCCAUUGUGAAGUUGUUCCUGAAGAAGCCAACAGACACCCAGGAGCUGGUGCAGCAGGUCCUCAGUCUGGCUACACAGGAUUCCGAUAACCCCGAUCUCCGUGACCGCGGCUACAUUUACUGGCGCCUGCUGUCCACCGACCCGGUGGCCGCGAAGGAAGUAGUCCUGUCCGAGAAGCCCCUCAUCUCCGAGGAAACGGACCUGAUUGAGCCCACGCUGCUGGACGAGCUCAUCUGUCACAUCGGUUCGUUGGCCUCGGUUUACCACAAGCCCCCGAAUGCCUUUGUGGAGGGGAGUCACGGGAUCCACCGCAAGCACUUGCCAAUACAGCUCGGAGGCGCUGAGCCCGAUAGUCCAGUCGGCCCACCCACCACAGCAACUCUCACCUUGGAGCAGCAGCCACAAGUUAUCCCGUCCCAGGGUGACCUGCUGGGUGAUCUCCUCAACCUUGACCUGGGUCCCCCUGUCAAUGUGCCACAGAUGUCCUCGAUGCAGAUGGGGGCCGUUGACCUCCUGGGAGGUGGAUUGGACAGUCUGCUGGGCGGUGAUCUUGCAGGGCCCACAGGUGGGAGUCCAGCGGUUGGCCAAAGCUUCAUACCUUCAUCCGUGCCAGCCACCUUCGGACCCUCGCCCACCCCGGCCGUGUGCAGCAGUGGCCUGAAUGAUCUAUUCGAACUGUCCACUGGAAUGGGAAUCACUUCCGGGGGUUACGUAGCACCUAAAGCCGUGUGGUUGCCCGCCAUGAAGGCCAAAGGCCUGGAGAUUUCCGGCACCUUCUCUCGACGACAGGGUCACAUCUACAUGGAUAUGACCUUCACGAACAAGGCCUUGCAGCACAUGAUUGACUUUGCCAUUCAGUUUAACAAAAACAGUUUUGGGGUGAUCCCCACCACUCCGCUCCCGAUUCACACUCCAAUGAUGCCUAAUCAGAGCAUCGACAUCUCGUUGCCACUCAAUACCAUCGGGCCAGUGAUGAAAAUGGAUCCGCUGAACAAUCUUCAGGUGGCUGUAAAGAACAACAUCGAUGUCUUCUACUUUAGCUGCCUGAUUCCGCUCAGCGUGCUCUUCGUGGAGGAUGGGAAAAUGGAGCGACAAGUUUUCCUGGCUACGUGGAAGGACAUCCCCAAUGAGAAUGAGCUUCAGUUUCAGAUUAAGGACUGCCACUUAAACGCAGACAGCGUUUCCACUAAGCUGCAGAACAGCAAUGUGUUCACCAUCGCCAAGAGGAACGUGGAGAGCCAGGACAUGCUGUACCAGUCCCUCAAACUGACCAACGGCAUCUGGAUGUUGGCAGAACUGCGGAUUCAACCUGGGAACCCCAACUACACGUUGUCUCUGAAAUGCCGAGCUCCUGAGGUAUCGCACUAUGUCUACCAGGUCUAUGACACGCUGCUGAAGAACUGAAGACCAGAGGACACCUCCCUGACCUCAGGCCAGAGCAGCACCUGUCCUCCUGCACUCCUUCCGCUCAGUGCCGUCGCUCUCAGUUACGUGCAAAUAAAAAAUUGGAUCGUAGAUUUUAAAAAAAAAAAUUAAAAAUAACACACACACUUUUUUUCUUUGGGAACGGAGAUGCACUGAUUAAUCCGCCAAAUUUGCGUACGUACUUUGAAUAGAAAGGAAAAAGCGUCAAGCACAUUUUUAAGGCUGGGUGUGUGUGUGUGUGUGUCUGUGUGUGUGAUCUUUCUAAAACCACUAUACAAACCACUCCUCUCUGUAAAGCGAUGUGAUUCCAUCCAAUGUGUUCUGUUUUGUGCCAAGUUUGGGUUUUUUUUUUAUAUUACAAAUUUCUGUUGUAAUAGUUGCUUUUGGAUGUAUGUGUAUUUGCGUGUGUGUGCGCGUGUGUGUGUGUUUAUGUGUGUGUGUGUGUGUUUGUGUGUCUUAACCGUUUCGAAAUUCAGUCCAGGAGUUUUAAUCUCUGCACGAUGCACCCAGCGUGGAGGAGAGACUUAAGAUAUUUUCUGUGUCUCAAAGGGGAAGGUAUCUCGAGUGAGGGCAGUACUUUAUCCCCAGAGUUACUUUACCUGUCUUUAAUGGGGAAUGUACCUUGUAGGAAGGCCAUGGGAGUUCGUAUCCCCCGGAGCUUCUUCUCUGUUAAAGAGCAUGACUUUGUUCAGCUGCACAGAUCAGAUCAAAUUAGCACAGAAUCAGCGAGUGCCCUUUCCAGCGAGGAUAAAUCCUGAGGGGGAGUGCGGUGGCGUUGUGUGUGGGGUUGUCACUUGUAGUGUGAAUUGGAAUUGGGGAGUGGGGGGAUAGAGGAGAGGGUGAAACAUUGCCAAAAGCAGAACAAGAGGCAGUCCUGUCUGCACAAUAGCAUUGUGCAAAAACUUGAGCGUGCUUUCGAGACUUUACCUGUUUUUUUUUAAGUCUUUUAAGAUUAACGAGGAUGUUUUCAUCUCUACUGAAAGUGAGUUGGGUUUUCGACUCUGUGGAGCGAGGAGAGCGGGUGAGAGAUGGCGACUAAUAAGCAAUGUAUGUGUAUGUCCGCGUGUGUGUGUGUGUUUGUGAGUUUUACCUGUAAAGUCGCACUUGAUAUUACACGAUUCUCUUCGCAGUGCCUGUGAUGUGUUGUACCAGAUGUUAAAAUUUUAUUCCAGGUGGGGGGGGGGGGGGGCGGGGAACACUUGUAUCUGUUCCACAUGAUUAUUCCUUUUUUUUUAUUUUACCUUCUCUCUCUCUCUCUCUCUCUCUCUCGUCUUACAGAAAUACACAAUUUUUUUUCUAAAUGUUGCCAUUUCUCAAUAAACUUGUCUUCUCCAAAGCCGCCGGGCAGGUCGUAUGAUGUUGUAUCGGCUGUAGAUGUUGAAAUGUUUUUUCUUUGUCUCUCAUUGCGUCUCCUUUGGUGACACCACAUUAAAUAAUAAUGAUGAUGA